CUGGGUGCCAUCCGUCCGGAGAGAGGGAAGCAAGCUGGGAGACAUUCAGGGGGAAUCCUGCACCUCUCCGUCACCCCUCUGCACCUGCAUGCUCUGCGCCGCCGCCACCUGCAAUCAUGAGUCACCCAGAUAUAGGGCCGCUGUCGGGUUAUAACAGCCUGACAGACAAACAUCUAACAGGAUAUUUUAACAAUACCCGGAUUCGGAGACAGCUGCAGAGGGCAGGGCUGAUCACAAGAAGCGGGAGAAUACUGACCGAAAAGGAAUACAGAAUCAAUGCCAUGAGACGCGACCAUCAGAAAUACAUCAGAGAAUGUCUGGCCCAGGCUAUAUUUCACAAGGUCCUUGACAUGGAGCGACGUCACCAAAUUGACAUUAAGAGAAAACUGGAAACAUUUGCCAGAAAAGAACGAGUGCAAAGAAUUAAGGUGGAUCAUUCCAAGAGGGCUGAAGAAGACUCGUUUCCAGCCUUCUCCCCUUGCCCACCUACAGGACCUAAAAGUGGCUCCAACAGGCGCCCGGGGAAUCAUGAACGGUCCGACUCCUCUGAAUCUUCUUCAUCCCUUCGUCCAAACACCGCACCGGGUAAUAUGCAGCGUCCAGUUCGUCUUCAACCGUUGCCGAAAUACUCAUCUUCUGGUAAUGUACCAAAAAUGUCUACAGCUCCCCGACAGAAGCACACUGCCGAUGAUGAAGAGCAACGAUUUGCCAGCACGACGGACAAUGAGGUCAGGAGAAUCACGCACACAGCAGACUACCCAGUGGGAAUAUCACCUUAUCGGCUUCCUAUCAUUAACAAUUUUGUAAUCCCUGUUCCACCUCCUCCCCAGAGGCACCCGAAGCAGACAAUGGGCACGACCUCCAGAAGGAGGAGAUUUCGCCCCACCACUGCCCCAAAUGAGCUUGACGUCUCCGUAAAGGACACUGGGAAAUUUCAUAAAACGUCCUUGCACAGCAACGUGAAGAUUACCAUGGUUUACCUGGGGAAGACCGUGCAUUUAUCAUACGAAGAUAGCGACUACAGGGACGAAAUAAAGGUUUUCCAGCAGCACUGUGGGGGUGAGAACCUCUGCGUUUUUAAAGGAGGACUCCUGGAAGAAGAACGCUUCAGUUUGGUCUCUAGACGUCACCGCGGUUUUCCAUUCAGCCUCACGUUUUACAUUAAUGGGAUCCAGGUGGACCGGCUGAGCUCUUGCUGUGAAUAUAAACAUCGCAAAGGAGCGCGGCUUGGGGGCAAAAAUGGAUAUUUUCAAUUCAUCAAUAUUGAGGGAGCUUCUCCUUGUUACAGGUGCAUCAUUUCAAUGGGUCUGGAUAAGAAGCCAUCUCCUCCACCAAAGAGUAGGACAACAGAAAAAGACAAGAAGGACAGAGAGGAGGAGGAGGAAGAGAAGCAUAAUGAAGAGGAAGAGGAGGUCAUUGAGAGGAGGUUCUACGAUGAAGUUGAUAAAGAAGGAAAGACGAGCUCAGUUUGUGAUGAUGAUGGUGAAGAUGACGACCAGAAGACUGAGCAUGAGUCAGAUAUGGACUAUAAUGAGGAAGGGGUGGAAGAAGAAGAGGAAGGGGAGAACAAAGCAUGCAAGACAGAUGAAUAUGAAGCCGAUGAUGACUUUGAGGAAGAUUCUGAUGUUGAGGAAUACAAACCUGAUGAGAAACAUAAUGAAGAAGGACAGGUUGAUGAUCAAGUGAAUGAAAAGUCAAAGUCACCCUCGGAUGAUGAAAAAGAUGAUUUAAGCCCGGAACGGAGACGUGGCACACCAUCAAACGCGGUGCCAGAGGCUUCUGACAGGGAGAGAGAUGAAAGGGAUGGGCAUUGUGACAGCGACUACCUGGAGGAUAAACAAGGAAAACAUAGCAUAGCUGACGAGGAAAUGAACUCAGCGGCGAGAAAAAUCCAGACUCUCUAUAGAGAACAUAGAGCGCGCCAGCCGAGCCUUCAGAGGAAGAAAGACUGCAAAUCAGUCCAGGAAAAGAUAGCAGAGGCCAUUGGCAAUAACCCCAGUCUGGACUCUGAGCCCGAACCCAGUGACUCCAGUACAGAUGAAGAGGACAAUUUCAAAGGCGUACACACAGGUAAGAUUACCGAUUUGGAGGACAAUAAGUUACAAGAUUCCCAAGAAGGAGUUCUCCAGGAAAGUCAUGAUGAACCAAAGCAACAGAAGACUAUGACGGGUUCCUCAACACAUGGAGAGAUGCUAAAGGAAAGUACAUCUGAGAUGGCGGAAGGAGAAAAACAUGAAUCUGCCCCUAAUGAAAAGGAAAUUACGAGUGAAGAGGAGUCUCAUGAUGUGAAUAUUGAGGAGAUGUGUAAACCUGAGAAAGAACAUGCAACUGGUGAAGUGACUGCUGAGAAAGAACAUGCAACUGGUGAAGUGACUGCUGAGAAAGAACAUGCAACUGGUGAAGUGACUGCUGAGAAAGAACAUGCAACUGGUGAAGUGACUGCUCAGAAAGAACAUGCAACUGGUGAAGUGACUGCUGAGAAAGAACAUGCAACUGGUGAAGUGACUGCUGAGAAAGAACAUGCUACUGGUGAAGUGACUGCUCAGAAAGAACAUGCAACUGGUGAAGUGACUGCUCAGAAAGAACAUGCAACUGCUGAAGUGACUGCUGAGAAAGCACAUGCAACUGGUGAAGUGACUGCUCAGAAAGAAGAUGCAACUGGUGAAGUGACUGCUCAGAAAGAACAUGCAACUGGUGAAGAGACUGCUGAGAAAGAAGAUGCAACUGCUGAAGUGACUGCUCAGAAAGCACAUGCAACUGGUGAAGUGACUGCUCAGAAAGAACAUGCAACUGGUGAAGUGACUGCUGAGAAUGAACAUGCAACUGGUGAAGUGACUGCUGAGAAUGAACAUGCAACUGGUGAAGUGACUGCUGAGAAAGAACAUGCAACUGGUGAAGUGACUGCUCAGAAAGAACAUGCAACUGGUGAAGUGACUGCUCAGAAAGAACAUGCAACUGGUGAAAUGACUGCUGAGAAAGAGCAUGCAACUGGUGAAGUGACUGCUCAGAAAGAACAUGCUACUGGUGAAGUGACUGCUGAGAAUGAACAUGCAACCGGUGAAGUGACUGCUGAGAAUGAACAUGCAACUGGUGAAGUGACUGCUGAGAAUGAACAUGCAACCGGUGAAGUGACUGCUGAGAAUGAACAUGCAACUGGUGAAGUGACUGCUGAGAAAGAACAUGCAACUGGUGAAGUGACUGCUCAGAAAGAACAUGCAACUGCUGAAGUGACUGCUGAGAAAGAACAUACAACUGGUGAAGUGACUGCUCAGAAAGAACAUGCAACUGGUGAAAUGACUGCUGAGAAAGAGCAUGCAACUGGUGAAGUGACUGCUCAGAAAGAACAUGCAACUGGUGAAGUGACUGCUGAGAAUGAACAUGCUACUGGUGAAGUGACUGCUGAAAAUGAGCAUGCAACCGGUGAAGUGACUGCUGAGAAUGAACAUGCAACUGGUGAAAUGACUGCUGAGAAAGAACAUGCAACUGGUGAAAUGACUGCUGAGAAAGAACAUGCAACUGGUGAAGUGACUGCUCAGAAAGAACAUGCAACUGGUGAAGUGACUGCUGAGAAAGAACAUGCAACCGGUGAAGUGACUGCUGAGAAUGAACAUGCUACUGGUGAAGUGACUGCUGUGAAUGAACAUGCUACUGGUGAAGUGACUGCUGUGAAUGAACAUGCAACUGGUGAAGUGACUGCUCAGAAAGAACAUGCAACUGGUGAAGUGACUGCUCAGAAAAAACAUGCAACUGGUGAAGUGACUGCUGAGAAUGAACAUGCUACUGGUGAAGUUACUGCUGUGAAUGAACAUGCAACCGGUGAAGUGACUGCUGAGAAUGAACAUGCUACUGGUGAAGUGACUGCUGAGAAUGAACAUGCUACUGGUGAAAUGACUGCUGUGAAUGAACAUGCUACUGGUGAAGUGACUGCUGUGAAUGAACAUGCAACUGGUGAAGUGACUGCUCAGAAAGAACAUGCAACUGGUGAAGUGACUGCUCAGAAAGAACAUGCAACUGGUGAAGUGACUGCUGAGAAUGAACAUGCAACUGGUGAAGUGACUGCUCAGAAAGAACAUGCAACUGGUGAAGUGACUGCUCAGAAAGAACAUGCAACUGGUGAUGUGACUUCUGAGAAAGAACAUGCAACUGGUGAAGUGACUGCUGAGAAAGAACAUGCAACUGGUGAAGUGACUGCUGAGAAAGAACAUGCAACUGGUGAAGUGACUGCUGAGAAAGAACAUGCAACUGGUGAAGUGACUUCUGAGAAAGAACAUGCAACUGGUGAUGUGACUUCUGAGAAAGAACAUGCAACUGGUGAAGUGACUGCUGAGAAAGAACAUGCAACUGGUGAAGUGACUUCUGAGAAAGAACAUGCAACUGGUGAUGUGACUUCUGAGAAAGAACAUGCAACUGGUGAAGUGACUGCUGAGAAAGAACAUGCAACUGGUGAAGUGACUGCUGAGAAAGAACAUGCAACUGGUGAAGUGACUGCUGAGAAAGAACAUGCAACUGGUGAAGUGACUGCUGAGAAAGAACAUGCAACUGGUGAAAUGACUGCUGAGAAAGAACAUGCAACUGGUGAAGUGACUGCUGAGAAAGAACAUGCAACUGGUGAAGUGACUGCUGAGAAAGAACAUGCAACUGGUGAAAUGACUGCUGAGAAAGAACAUGCAACUGGUGAAGUGACUGCUGAGAAAGAACAUGCAACUGGUGAAAUGACUGCUGAGAAAGAACAUGCAACUGGUGAAGUGACUUCUGAGAAAAAACAUGCAACUGGUGAAAUGACUACUGAGAAAGAACAUGCAACUGGUGAAGUGACUUCCGAGAAAGAACAUGCAACUGGUGAAGUGACUGCUGAGAAAAAACAUGCAACUGGUGAAGUGACUGCUGAGAAAGAACAUGCAACUGGUGAAAUGACUGCUGAGAAAGAACAUGCAACUGGUGAAGUGACUGCUGAGAAUGAACAUAAAACUGGUGAAGUGACUGCUGUGAAUAAACAUGGAACUGGUAUUGUGACUGCUGAUAAUAAACAUGCAACUGGUGAAGUGUCUGCUCAGAAUGAACAUGCAACUGAUAAUGUGACUGCUGAGAAAAAAGAUGUGUCUGGUGACAUGACUGCUGAGAAGGAACAUGCAAUUGGUAACGUGACUGCUGAAAAGGAAGAUACACCAGGUAAUGGUAAUGCUCAGAAGAUAGAUGCACCAGGUGAUGGGACUGCUGAGAAGGAAGAUGCACCAGGUAAUGGUAAUGCCCAGAAGAUAGAUGCACCAGGUGAUGGGACUGCUGAGAAGGAAGAUCCACCAGGUAAUGGGACUGCUGAGAAGGAAGAUGCACCAGGUGCUGUGACUGCAGAGAAUAAAGAAGCACCAGGUGAUCGGACUGCUGAAAAUAAAGAAGCACCAGGUGAUGGGAUUGCUGAGAAUAAAGAAGCACCAGGUGAUGGGACUGCUGAGAAUAAAGAAGCACCAGGUGAUGGGACUGCUGAGAAUAAAGAAGCACCAGGUGAUGGGACUGCUGAGAAUAAAGAAGCACCAGGUGAUGGGACUGCUGAGAAUAAAGAAGCACCAGGUGAUGGGACUGCUGAGAAUAAAGAAGCACCUGGUGAUGGGACUGCUGAGAAUAAAGAAGCACCUGGUGAUCGGACUGCUGAGAAUAAAGAAGGACCAGGUGAUGGGACUGCUGAGAAUAAAGAAGCACCUGGUGAUGGGACUGUAGAGAAUAAAGAUGCAACUGGAGAAGUAGCUGCUGAGAAAAAAGGUGCACCUAGUGAGGUGACUGCAGAAAAUAGAGAUGCACAAAAUUAUGGGACUGCUGAAAAUAAAGAUGCACCUGGUGAUUUGACUCCUGAGAAUAAAGAAGCACCUGAUCAUGGGACUGCUGAGAAUAAAGAUGCACCAGGUGAAGUGGCAACUGAGAAUAAAGAUGCACCUGGUGAUGGAACUGCGGAGAAUAAAGAAGCACCUGAUCAUGGGACUGCUGAGAAUAAAGAAGCAACAUGUGAUGUGACUGCUGAGAAUAAGGAUACACCUGGUGAUGGAACUGCUGAGAAUAAAGAAGCACCUGAUCAUGGGACUGCUGAGAAUAAGAAUGCAUCUGAUGAUGGGACUGCUGAGAAUGGAAAUACUUCUAAAGAUGUUACUGGUGAAGAAUCAGAGAAACCUAGUAUUCAUACUGAAGACAAUGAUAUUAAACCUAGCGAUGAUGGUGGAGACAUAGAAAAUGUUGGCUUGGAGCACACGGUCACUUUAGUACAACCUAUAACUAAUAAAGAUGAUACAAAAUCAAACAAACCAUCUGAUGAUGAACUGAAACAUAAAGAGGUAGCUCAAGAGCCCACAGAUACUAAAGGUGACAAUACUAAGAAGGAGCCUGCCGAAGGUCUCAAUUUGAUAGCAUCAAGUCAUGAACCUCAAGAUAAUGAGAAGCAUGAUCUACCUAAAGAAGAAAAGAUAGAAAAAGUGAAGGAACUUACACCACUAAUCCCAGUGGAGCCAGAGAAGACAUUAAACAAUGAGACUGAUAUUAGAAAUGACCAUAGGGUGGAGGAAUCUGGUACUCCUGCCAAUGAAGUGCUUCAUGUUCCUGACGCUAAACCUGGCGAAGAAAUUACAGAUUUGGAGAAAACCAAAGGAGGGGACAACAAAUAAUAAUUGAACCAUUAAGAUAAAGAUAGAGAAGAACAGAAGAUUCUGUGUUUUUGGAGGCAUAAGAUAAACUAGAGUAUAAGGAGGGGAAAGCACAAUCAGGGAAAUAUCUAUUUUUAUGGCAUAUUUAUAGAUUGCUCGGUAUACAGGAAAAAUACGCAACAUGAGAAAUAAUAUGUUAAAAUUCAAAUAUCUUUGUAAGAAAACAAAGGCUUAAGGCAAUGCACUUUCUAUAUGUUUACAAAUCCUCGUGUUUUUCUAUAUUAUGUCUAUAUGAGGGUCAA